UGAGAAUGGCAUAAAAAAUGGCUGGUGGUCAAACCUCAAGUGGUGGCUUUUCUGGGUCACUCCCAACUGCAACCGACAGCUCCACUGCUAUGGGCUCUUCAAGCGUGCCUCAACGAUUGGUUCCCCAAAAUGCCCGUGGAAACAAGGCUGAUGUGGGAUGGAAGUAUGGAAUUUCAGUUCAAGGAACUGUGAAGAUUCAAUGCAAAUUCUGCCAAAAGGUAUUCAAUGGAGGGGUUUAUCGCCUAAAACACCACUUGGCUAAAACAAAUCAAAAUGUUGAAGCUUGCAAAUUUGUUCCUGAUGAUGUGAAUAAAGAGAUGAUGGAGAUUAUUACUUCCUUGAUGAAAAAAACAGCUAACAGAAAUGGCUCUUUGGAAAUUGGUGAAAAGAGAAAAGCCAUUGAAUGUGAUGAAAUUGAGAGUGCUAGGAUCGGACAGCUUUGCAAGAAAAGGGGUGUAGGUUCACAGGCCACAAUAAACAGCAUAUUCAAGAAGGGUAUAAGAGAGGAUGCAUGUCAAGCAAUUGCAAGAUUUUUCUACAACAAUGCCAUAGCUUUCAAUGUGGCAAGAAGUGAAGAAUUUCCUGCCAUGUGAGUUAAUUGCACAACAUGGUUCAGGAUUUAAGCCACCCUCUUAUCAUGAGAUUAGAGUGAAGUAUUUGAAGCAAGAAGUGCAAAUGACAAUGGAAGUUAUUGAAGAACAUAAAGCUGUUUGGAAGAGUGCUGGCUGCACAAUAAUGACAGAUGGGUGGACUGAUAAAAGGAGAAGAACCAUUCUGAAUUUCUUAGUGAACAGCCCGAAAGGUACAGUGUUUUUGAAGUCAAUUGAUGCUUCCUACAUUACCAAAACAGCUGAUAAAAUAUUUAUGAUGCUUGAUGAAGUUGUGGAAGAGAUUGGUUAGGAAAACGUAGUGCAAAUUGUAACUGAUAAUGCAGCAAAUUAUAAAGCUGCUGGGGAGAUGUUAAUGGAGAAAAGGAAGAAUUUAUACUGGACUCCUUGUGCUGCACAUUGCAUUGAUUUAAUGCUUGAAGAUUUUGAGAAAAAAAUACCCCUCCAUGAGGAAACAAUUCCAAAGGGCAGAAAAAUUACAACUUAUAUUUAUUCAAGGACUUCUCUCAUUUCAUUAUUACAACGCUUUACAAAAGAAAAAGACUUGGUGAGACCAGGUAUCACUCGAUUUGCCACUUCAUAUUUAACUUUGGGAUGCCUUCAUGAGAACAAAGGAGCUCUUUUAAGAAUGUUCUCGUGUGAAGAAUGGAAGUCCAGUAAGUUUUCUAGGACAAGAGAGGGAAAUUUGGUAAAGGAAGUUGUUUUGGACAAUGGGUUUUGGAAGAAUGUUCUAAUUUGUUUA